CGGAGCUUCAAAUACAGAUUUCCCCUUGAAGCUACCCCGCCCCGCCCCCCUCUGGGUGCCAAAGGAGGAUAUAUGGCUUCCAGAGAACAUGACCACGCUUCUGCAAGUUCUGCAGGCAUUUUCCUGUGCGCCAGACCAGCAUUCCAGCCCCCGAAAAGACGAGCGGGAGAGAAAGAGAAAGGGACCGAGCACUGAUUGAGAAAAGGCUGCAGACGCACCCCAACAGGGCCAGGCAGCAAACAAAAUAAAUAACGGCCCUCUUGCCUGGAGUGCAGGACACCGGCAACUCCACCCUCCAAACUUUUUAUGGCCCCUGGAAAGGAGAGAGGCUCUCUCGCUCACGCUCGCACACACACCCACACACCCACACACUCACACACGCACAACGCACGCACACACACACACACACUUGCCCACCGUACUCCUAAAUCUCACACAGAUUCCCACACCACUUUGUCUCGGAUCCCGGCGCCUGCUGACGGGUGGGAUUGGCCGGUGCGUACUGGAGGGACCCUGCUUCUGAAGGAAUACCGCGCUUGUUUCGUUCACCUGUGAACUGCGUGCACCUGGAGCACCUGAAUGGAUACCUGCACCUGGACCGGGAGGACAGGCUGAGCACCGUGCUGGCGUUGAGAUAACCGGGGGGGAAAAAAUAGAUUCUGGGCACACAAAUCAGAGAGGAACUCCGAGAGAAGAUAGGAGCGCUGGAGAGGAAAGGACCUGGAAGAGAAGAUAAGAGCGGCAGCGGGAGAGUAUGGAUUUCUCCCGCGUGUGGGUCUUCGUCCUGUCUCUGUCUCUGUCUGGCAGAGCGGUCACAGCACAGGCCGAAGAAUGCCGGAGCUCCACAGCUGCGGACAUCGUCUUCCUGGUGGAUGCAUCCUGGAGCAUGGGCCCGGACAACUUCCAGCUGGUGAAGGAGUUCAUCAGCAACCUCAUCAAGUCCUUCCAAAACAACGCCAUGGGCGAAGAGGGCAUCCGCUUCGGGGUCACCGUCUACAGCGACGUGCCCAGGAUGAGAAUAGCGCUGACAGACUACACCACCCUGGAGGAGGUCCUGAGGGCCGUGUCGGACCUCCCCUUUGAGGGGGGGAACAGCAAGACCGGAGAGGCGCUGGAGUUCCUGGUGGAGUUUGUCUUCAGCUCCCCCAUCGUUCGAGACGAAGCCCCCAAGAUCACUAUAUUGAUAACCGAUGGGAGAUCGACCGAUGCGAUUGAUGGACCGGCCCAAGCAGUGACAGACAGUGGAAUCUCUCUGUAUGCUGUGGGGGUCAGAGACGUGGACCAAUCGGAGCUGAGGAAGAUUGUGACGGAGCCCUAUGAGGAGCACUUGCUGCUGAGCCAUGAUUUCUCUUACCUGUGGGGCCUGCUGCCCAAGCUCUCCCGCCGAGUGUGCUUCACUGCCUCCGAGCCCCCCCGCCCCGUCAAACAGAAGGAGGCUGAGCCCCAGCGGGUCAUUGGGCCCAAGGACGUUGUGGUCAGUGAGCUGGGCCACAGCUCCCUGCGGCUCACCUGGACCCCGGCCACCGGGGACGUGACGGGCUACCGGCUGCUGGUCACCCCCAUCUCCCCCAAGGGCUACCUGGACUCCGCCCAGCAGAGACAGAUUGACCUGAAGGGUGACGUGAGCUCUUUGGUGGUGACAGACCUAACGCCCAGCACUGACUAUUCCUUCACCACCUACGCCAUCUACCCUGACCUCAUCGGAGACUCAGCUACCAUUACCACAAAGACAACGCCCGUGCCCCAGGUUGCCAAUUUCCGUGUGGUUGAGGAGGGACUCUUCAGCCUGCGUUUGGCAUGGACCUCGCCUCUGAAGAGAAUUAACGGAUACAAAAUCUUUAUUCCUCGGUCGAACAGACCGGGGCUGACGUACGAGCAGGUGCUGGAGGGCGACGUCUCCUCCCACCUGAUCGAAAACCUGGAAGAGGACAAGCAGUACACCAUCAGCAUCUAUGCUGUUUACCCCCAGGGCCCCAGCGAACCCGUGUCUAUCGUCGGCAAAACACUGAAACUGGUCCCCGUGAAGGAGCUCCUGGUCCAGAACGCCACCACGGACACGGUCCAGGCCCGGUGGCGGGCGGUCAAGGGUGCCACAGGGUACCGGCUCACCUGGUCCUCCUCAGAGGGACACAUUGAGAACCUGAACUUGGGUGAGGCGUACAGCUUCUACAUGAUCCAGGGGCUCCACCCAGGUACAGAGUACACCGUGACAAUCAACCCCAUCUUCGUGGACUUCGAGGGCCCCGUCACCGCGGUGAAGGCCAAAACACUGGAGAGCAGUGCAGUGCAGACUCUGAAGGCCACUGGUGUGAGCACCAACAGCGCGCAAAUUUCCUGGAACUCGGUAACUGGUGCCACAGGAUACAGGCUGGCUUGGGGCCCCACUCCAGAGUUCGCGGGGCGGGACCGUCCCAGACAGCUGGCUCUGAACGGCAGCACCACAGUGUAUCAGCUCAAGGGCCUGUUCCACGACACGGAGUACGUGCUGUCCCUCUACGUGCUGUUCGGCACCUUGGUGGGACCCGGAAUCACUGCCACCUUCCGCACGUCACCCCUGGGCUACGUCUCCAACUUCAAGGUAACAGCCUACAGCAGCACCUCCAUCACCGUGGAGUGGAGUCCCAUUGUGGGCGCCACAGAGUACAAACUCACCUGGAAAUCUUCGAAAGAAGCCAGCCCUCAGAGCCACUACCUGGACCGUAGCAUCCUGCUGUACCGCAUCGAAGGGCUGUACCCAGAAACGGUGUACACCGUCAGCAUUCACGCCGUCUACGGCAACAGCGAAGGGCCAGAAAUCUCUCUUUCACAGUACACAGCAUCACUGAAGAACUCGGAGCUGAUGCAGGCAGUUAGAGAGGUGAAGGUGGAGGAUGUUGGGGUGAACACCUUUAAGCUUGUGUGGAAGAAAACGCCCGGGGUCUCUGGCUACAAGAUCUCCUGGAGACCUUUCGUCGGUGGUUCUGAAAAGAGCAGGCAUGUUCCCUCUACGUCAAACUCUUUCACCAUCACUGGACUUCAGGAGAACUCGGCCUACAAGAUCCAGGUGUCAUCGACCGUGGGAGAUCGGGAAGGGAGCCCGGUUCUGCUCACGGCCCGUACUUUGGACAUGCCCAAAGUGACUGGCUUUGAAGUCCUGGAGGUGACGGACAGCAGUGUGCUGUUGAACUGGACCAGGGUUGCAGGGGCUUCUGGGUAUUCUUUGUCCUGGAGGCACAUUUCCGAUCUGGAGACCAGCAACGAGCUGCUGGGUCCGACGUUCACUUCCUUUAAGAUCGGCGACCUGCAGUACGGCAGAACUUACAUAUUUACCAUCCAGCCCCUCUACGGGGAAGUGAAGGGUCCCAUAAACUCCGUCAACCAGAGGAUACUGGGGAAGGCCCCCUCGGUCUUCCCUGCCACGGCUGCUCCUGUCCUUCCCGCCACCACUCGCUUCUCCUCCCGGAACAUGCGCACAUCCGCCGCCAAAACGGUCAUCACCACGGCGCGGAGACUGGACACGGAGAGCACCCCACGACCUGCACCUAUAUGUGGAAAGAUCAAGGCAGACAUCGUGUUCCUAGUGGAUGAAUCCUCAAGCAUUGGCAACAACAACUUCCAGAAGUUGAAGGACUUCCUGUUCCGGGUGGUGACGUACUUCCCUGUCAUUGGUCCCAAGGGGACACAGUUUGCAGUUGUCCACUACAGUGAUGAGCCCCGGAUAAAAUUCCGACUGAAUGACUUCAAGGACAGGAACUCUGUCUUGAGGGCACUGAAAGGAGUGGACUACAGAGGAGGAAACACCAGAACAGGUCAGGGGAUCGGCUACGUGCUGGAGGAGCUCUUCCAGGAGUCCCUGGGCAUGAGGCAGCAGGUGCCCCACGUGCUGGUGCUGAUUACGGACGGGAAAGCCCAGGAUGAUGUGGUGCCCCCCUCCAGAUUUGCACAUGCCCAUGGCGUCAGCGUCCUGGCGGUAGGUGUGGCAGGUGCAGACCUCGAGGAGCUGGGGAAGAUCGCCCCCCCGACCGACUACAAGAACAUCUUCUACACCACCACGUUCGACGACUUCUCCUCCAUCGAGCGGGAGUUCAUUGGGAGCAUCUGCAGUGAGGCUUUGCAGCUGGAGUUCAAAUCACAGGAUGAGUCAAUACAGGAGGACAAGCCCACCGGUGACCCAGAACCUCUCACCAAACCAGAGGGUCCCUGCCAGUCGCAGUGUACGAAGGGCCAAAAAGGGGAAAAGGGAGACGGGUUCGGGCUCGGCGGACUGAGACUGCACAAGCCGGCGGGGGAGUUCAGUUCUUUCGGAUUCCAGGCCAAAGGGGAGAAGGGGGAGCGGGGGCUCCCUGGGACAGAUGGUAUUCCGGGGUUGCCUGGACGACCAGGAAGAACCGGGCCUCCAGGCUCAGCAGGACAGAGGGGCUCCCCUGGUGUUCCUGGUGACCCUGGUCCUCCUGGGAUAACCGGGCCAAAAGGCCAGAGAGGUGAAAGGGGGGAGCCCGGAUUUGUGCUGGGGGGCGUGGACGUCAGCCCCGGGCGAAAGGGAGAGCCCGGCUCCUCGGGGCCCCAAGGACCCCCCGGGGUGCCAGGAGUGUCCGGGCCCCUGGGACUGCCAGGUCAGCCGGGGCCGCCCGGUCCACCAGGGCUCUCCAUCAAGGGAGAUACAGGAGAUCUAGGUCUCAGAGGUCUGCGUGGGAAACCUGGAAUUAAAGGGGACAAAGGGGAAAAGGGCAUAGACGGUCUGGUGGGAAUGCCUGGGCCGGAGGGGAUGGACGGCAUUCCCGGUUUUCCUGGACAAAAAGGAGAAAAGGGAGAGACUGGGAUCGGUCUUCCGGGUGUCCAGGGACUGAACGGCAUUCCGGGAGAGAAGGGAAUAAUUGGUAUGCCUGGUCCUGUCGGUCCAAGGGGGGAGACAGGACUACAAGGAAUCCAAGGAGAUGUCGGGCUGCGGGGGAAGAAGGGAUUGACAGGAGACAAAGGGGAUAAGGGCGACAGGGGAGAUACUGGCCCUGUGGGACCGACAGGAAUAGCGGGUCUCCCUGGCCCACAGGGAUACAAGGGGGAUGAAGGACUUCAAGGACCUCCUGGAGACCCAGCCAAAGGGAUACUUGGUCCCACUGGGAAGAAAGGUGCAAGGGGUGACAUUGGGCCAAUGGGUCCACAAGGACCACAGGGAAUAAAGGGGGAUGGAGGAGACAAGGGGCAGAAGGGCAGUCCAGGGUUUGGAAUUCCGGGUCAGCCGGGUCCUAAAGGAGAAAAUGGAGAAAGGGGUAAUGUGGGGUUAUCUGGAAAACCUGGCCCAAAGGGGCAGGAUGGUUUUAAAGGGCAAAAAGGCGAAGUGGGGUUCCGAGGGGACCCUGGAGCACCUGGACUAAGAGGUAAAGAUGGUGAACUAGGAGGAAAAGGGGAAGCAGGAAGCAGGGGGGACAUCGGCCCACCCGGCGAGCCAGGAGAGAGAGGAGUGAGGGGCCCGUUGGGUCUUCCUGGGCGACCUGGUGACCCAGGAGAAAAAGGGGACUCUGGGAAAAUUGGUUUUACGGGUAUACAGGGACAGAAGGGAGAUCGGGGAGAUCCUGGCGAGCCAGGACCACCGGGGCCCAGCCAGUUGACAGUAUCAGACAACAGUAUCGUAACCAGAGUUGUCAAGGGGGAGCGUGGAGAACCAGGCCGACCGGGCUCCAAAGGGGAGGGCGGGCCUCCUGGCCCAAGAGGACCUGAAGGAAAGCCAGGGCCUCCAGGAGGUGGGACGGGAGGAUCUUCAAAAUCAGGGAGGGAUGGUGUCGAUGGUCAGCCGGGACCCAAGGGUGACAAGGGAAUCAAAGGAGAAGCGGGCCUUAAAGGGGAGAAGGGAGACCCAGGCCGUGUGGGGAUAGCUGGGAUGCCCGGACUGCCUGGCACUCCGGGCAGACCUGGCAUUGAUGGAAAACGAGGAGUCGCUGGAAAAGACGGUGAAGCUGGACUGCGUGGUGUUGAGGGGAAGAAGGGUGAUAAAGGACAACCAGGAAAUGACGGGAUUAAAGGGGAACAGGGUGCUCCUGGUCUUCCCGGUCAUCCCGUUCUGGUGAACCUUUCCACAGUCCUCUCCCCCGAGGAGGGCACCAAACUGGAGGACAUGAGGGAGCUCUUCCCCCUGCCAAUGGGGCCCCCUGGAGUAAUGGGUCCUCCGGGUUCGAAGGGCCAGAAAGGUGAAAGAGGCGAAAAGGGCGAUACUGGUCUGCCUGGAAAAUCAGUUGAGAUGAAGGACAUUGAAGUAUUAUUUGAAUCUUAUGGCAUCAGGCUGCCCCUGCUGAAGGCACUGAUUGACAGGUUACUGCAGGAUGGCAUGGAGGAUCUGCUAAAUGUGAUCACCAGCUCAAAGAGACAAAAGAGUGACAGGAAGGGGCAUGACUACAACGUCAUCAGUGAAUACACGAGUUCUGUGAAGUACGACAUCGCAGGUGAACCGCUGACUGAGCUGGGUGUAAUCGAUGAAGAGACAAGGGAACAGGGCCUGCCGUACGAGAGGGAAGAGGGGCCCACGUUCUGGGGCGUUGUCACGGCUGACGAAUCACGCAGGAGGAACGGCACGGGUCGGACACGGCCUAAACCGGAUGAUUUGGCAGAGGAGGAGGAGGAGAGAUACAUCUUAACGCAUUCCUCCAAGACCAUAUCCCAGAUUCCAGAAUCUUCAGACAAGAAGGGCUCUGGCAUACCCGAGGCUGGAAUGGAGACUCUCGCACCCAUCAAGGAGGAUCCCCUGAGGAAGAAGUCUGGCGAGAAGAAGAAGGGCAAGGACCGGGGGAAGGGCAAGGGAAACAGAGGAAGAAAUAGGAGACAGAGACAGCGCUCGGGAGAGGAGGAGACACAAGAGGAGGAGCCAUUUUAUGAUGGUGAAGAAGAUGUUUAUGAAUAUGAGGAUGAAUUUCCAUCGGAGGAUCCAUUCAUGACACAAGUAGACAAGGUCAAAUUGUCGACAAUUAAUCCUCUACAUUUAGAGGGAGAAAUUGAAAAGCAGAUGGAUUUGGCAACAUCCAGUCCUGUCCAUUUUAAGGAAGAAGCAGGAGAGCAGGAGGAAUUCCCAACAGCUGAUCACCACUUACAGCGAGAAACAGAAGAGGAGGGUGAAUUCCAAACAGCGAGUACCCUCUAUUCACAGGAGGGUGUAGAGGAGGGAAGUAAGGCCAGCACUGGACCAAAAGUGAAACAUGUUCGAAGAAGGAGGAGCGCCCCCUGGCCUGAGGACAUGGCCUACAUGCCUGGGGCACGUGGAGGAAGAAAUCGCUACCAGCGGAGACAACAAUCCCAGUCUGGAGCAGGAGGACGGAGAGAGCUGAAUAAGAAGAAGCAGCCGGAUCCGGAACCUGAGCAUCAACUGCCUGAACAUCAGACACUGACUGAGAUGGAGUCUGAGACCAAGGGAGAAACUGAGACUGAGAUAGAAGGAGUGACAGAGGAAGAAACUGAGACUGAGAUAAAGGGAGAGAUAGAGGGAGAAACUGAGACUGAGAGAGACAAAGAAGAGAUAGAGGAUGAGACUGAGAUAGAGGAAGAGAUAGAGGAUGAGACUGAGAUAGAAGAAGAGACAGAGGGAGAAACUGAGACCGAGGUAGAGUGGGAGACUGAGGGAGAGGGUGAGACUGAAAGAGAGACACCAAUAGAGACUGGGCCAGGCCUGGAAACAGAUACAGAGGACAGUGAGGAUAUAGUGGAGGAGGAGACAGAAAUAGAGACAGAGGAUGAGAUCUAUACAGAUGGAACUGAGAUGGAGGGAGAGGGGUCGGAACUGGAAAAUGCGAGAGAGAUGGAGCGAGAGAGAGACAGGUUAGAGAUGGAGAGAGAAGAGGAGCUGGAAAUGGAGAGACAGAGAACCGAAUGGGAAAGAGAGAGAGAAGAGGAGCUGGAGGAUAUGGAGAGGGAAAGAGAGAGAGACACACACACAGGGGCAGAUACAGCGACACCUUAUGACUAUUUAAAGGGUGCUCCCGGUGAAAAUGGAAUCCCUGGAGAAAAGGGAGAAAUUGGAGAAAAAGGACAAAAGGGAGAGCCUGGGAUUGGCCAUCGAGGUCCAGUUGGACAGGCAGGCCCCCCAGGACAAAAGGGGGAGCCCGGAGAACCAGGACCGCCAGGUGCCCAGGGCGUCCAGGGUAUCCGUGGCAACCCUGGGAUCUCAGGCUUCCAGGGUCAGAGGGGCUUGCCUGGUGACCCAGGGGAACCUGGAACAGUAGGCGAUCGGGGGAGGAGGGGAAAGAACGGAUCACCGGGACCUCCAGGUGCACGUGGUGCUCUAGGAAAACAGGGCCUGCCUGGACCACGUGGUGCAAAAGGUGAUAAGGGAGACAGUAUCCCAGGGGAACCAGGAGACAGAGGUGUGGCUGGGCUCCCUGGUCGAAGGGGUGAAAAGGGAGUUUUUGGCGCAAAGGGACCUAACGGACAGGCAGGUCCCAAAGGGUUCCCCGGAUUUAAAGGAGUGAAGGGUGACAAGGGCGUGCCUGGAAACAGAGGAGAAAGGGGAAGUCCUCUCUCUGUCCCAGGGCCCCAUGGGUACAAAGGCAACAAAGGCGAAACGGGUGACAAAGGCCCUCCUGGCUUUGAUGGAGAUAAAGGAGAGAAGGGUGAGGACGGUCCCACAGGUGUGAAGGGACUCAAAGGGGAACCUGGUACCAAAGGUGCCGUGGGGCCUUUUGGAGCCCGUGGGCCAGUAGGACAGAAGGGGGACCCUGGAGAGCCCGGUGCCAAUGGAGAAGUGGGUCGUCAUGGUAAUGACGGAUGGCAUGGGGCCAAGGGUUCUAAAGGAGACCGGGGCCUGCAGGGUCAGAAGGGAGAUCAGGGUGACCCAGGAGAGCCUGGUUUGCCAGGAGACACUGGUGAAAUGGGAGAAAAGGGACUCCGUGGCUUCCCAGGACGUAUGGGCACCACAGGCAUGGAUGGUGAAAAGGGGGACACAGGGGCCCCUGGGAAUCCUGGGAUCCCGGGUCUCAACGGGCUGUCUGGACGGAAGGGGGACAAAGGAGAUGGAGGCUUGAAUGGUGUGGAUGGAGCUCCAGGUCAGAAAGGAGAGAAGGGAAAUGUUGGAUUUGCUGGGUUUCGUGGAUUUAAAGGUACUGCUGGGACACCGGGUAAAGACGGAGCGGCAGGACCUCCUGGUCUGGAUGGUGCUAAAGGAGACGGAGGACCCAAGGGAGAAAGAGGGAGGAGAGGAAGAAGUAAACCAUGCCACAGAGGGCCCCCAGGCACCCCAGGACAAAGUGGAGGAAAUGGAGAGCUGGGACCAGAGGGAGCCAAGGGGGAGAAAGGUGACCCAGGACUGUCUGUAGAAGAGGUGAGAGAGCUGGUGACCAAGGAGCUUUCAGAGAAAUGUGGCAAGGACUUCCUGCUGACGGUGAACUCUGUGGACCCGGAUGCAGAGAGCAUUUUAAGAGGUGACAAGGAGGAUGAAGAGGAGGAAGAGUCUGCACUCUCUCUCGAUUCUGAGGACACAGGCAGCGAGGAUAAGGAAAUAGUCACAGCUACCCAAUUAAUGACAACAUCGAACAAUGCCUUCAACAAUAUCACAAGCGACGAGGGGAGAGGCGAGUGGGGACGGAAGUACAGGCGGCACCCCCCGGCCCUUUUCUCAGGCUUGACCUCUGACCCCUGUCUGGUGCCCAUGUCGGAGGGCUCAUGCACGGAGUACAUCCUGCAGUGGUACCACCACGGCCGGUCUGGGGAGUGCAGGCCCUUCCUGUACGGGGGCUGUGGGGGGAACCACAACCGAUUCGCCACCAAACAGGCGUGUCAGAGAAGGUGUGAGGGAGGGAAGAGAGAUUCUGAAAGGUGAAAGACAUCCUGCCAACAAAACAUUUCAGAUAACUUUUAUUUUUGUAAAUGAGUGUCUUAUAAUUGCUUUUUUGUUGUAUAUUGUUUUUUUUUUAUAUACAGUAAACUUGUUAACACUGAAAUUUGAUAACAUUGCCAUUUUAGGUUGGUAUUACCUGAAAUGGAGAAAGUACACAGAACUGAUUAUAAAUUAAUGUCAUUAAUCACUAUAUUCACAGUACCUUUGUGAUGUGUUAACACAAACACAAACACACAUAUAAAUGAGUACAGUGGUCUGUAAUAUACACACUGUGUUGGGGGAUACAGAUAAGAAAUGAUGCAGCAUACCACUGUGCCGAGAACAUACCAUUUAUGGAUAAUGGUAUAUCGGUGCCAUGAGUUUUUCUAAACCUUGUUUUAACCCUGCAUCCUGUCCAAUGUCACGUGGCAUGUUAUGUUGGCAUUCCACUCUUUAAAUGCAGAAAGCCAAAUAAUUUAAAUAGCCAAAGAAUUGAUUGGCAAUAAAAGAGUUGAGACUUAAAAUGCAGGGGAAAAAACAGCUUGUGACAAAUUCAUGGCCUCAUAUAUGGGUGACAGGGCUGGUCUUGUGUUACAGAUCUCAUUCCCAAUUAAAAUGCGUACUUUGAACUUUGAGCCAAACCAACUUCUCCAUUCCAUUCAUUAAGAGCAGUUGAGAUCUGCUCUUAAUGAGCAACAGUUGUCUCUUUAUAACCUGUAAGAUUUUUCACCCACUUUUCACUAAUUAAACAAAAAAAAAAGAAAAGAAAUGAA